AUGAGUCCGGUUGGGCAGUGGGGACAUAAUCAAGCGAUGAGAGUAGGCUCGAAGAGGAGGUUCCAGGGCCAUCGAUUGCGAGCAAAAGCCCCAACGGUGCAAAAGAAUGGAUCGAACACGGGGCGUGGAGAAGGCCUCAUGAUCACCCAGAUGUCCCUCUUUAGUUCGGCUCUGCGGUCCAUCGCGCUGCUCACGCUUCUCCCCAAUUUUAGAGGUGUUCAGAAAGCGGACUUAUCGCACACAACGCUACUCUUACUCCAUUCUGGUACGGGAAACCGUUUCACACCCAUCCUUGGAGACCCUUGGGCGAAGACCCGAUACGACCGGGACAAGCCAGCAAAUGUACAUGCACCCCUCUUGCCCAAUCAGGCCGACCGGCAUCCGCGAGCCCAUCGCGGACAUGUUUACCAUCCAAGUGCAAUGGUUCUUUUGCACUGGUUCCACACCCAUUCUGGCCAACGCGCCUAUCCUAGCGAGCACCUGUCUAUACCACGCCCCCGGUUCUUCAACUUCUGCGGCCAAAUAGGCGCGCGUCUGGAUGCCGACCAGACGGUGUACUACAGGGACAAGCGGCGGCGCUCCAUCCUGCUGCGCAUCAUGUCGCCGUUCCUAUUCGGCGCGCCGGACGUGCACAUGAAGGCGCUCAAGACGAUCUGGAUGGACCAGCUCGUGAACCACAUCCCGUGGAAGAAGUUCGUGGACAAGCUGAACGACGAGUGGAUGGGGUACACUUUGUAUUCGACAGUCAUCUUGAACUCGAACGUGGCUUUUUUGGCGCUUAUGAACGUGAGUCCACAAGCGGACCAGAAUGCGCCGGCAAACGCGCCGUAUCCCCAGACCCCAGCGCAGAUUGCAAGCUACGUCUCGACGGUCGCGAGCAUGGGCUCGGUCAUCGUUGGCCUGCUGCUGCUCAGGCAGAACCGGACGAAAGGGCGUGCAGUCUGCCGAGGAUGCUCGAUAAUAGGUGUACUUCAUGACGACGGUGACGAACACGAUGUUCGGAACUGAGACUCUUGCGAUCAUAUACAGCCUCCCGUUCGGUCUUUUGCUCUGGGGUAUGGUCUUCUUCAUCGUCGCCUUCUGCUUCCUCGCGCUGCAGUAGACGUCGCUCACCACGCGGGGCACCGUCGGUGCUGCGGGCGUGCUCGUCCUCAUCUUCGUCCUCUGGUCCGUCACUGCGGCGUGGGAGUGGCCCCCGUUGGCUCACCGCGCACUACGGGUGGGAUCUCGUGUCCGAGUGGAUCAAGACGAUCGCGAAGCUGCUCGGUAUCGAUGCGAAAGCACGGUCCAGCAGAGGGCGCAGUAGAAGUCGGAGAAGAAGUAGGAGUCAAGCCAGGAAGGCCGGGCCGGUGGCGGCGUCGAGUGCAGGGGCUAGUGGAAGUGCUGGUACUUCUGGGAGUGAUCAGGGGGAUACCACGACG